AUGAAGCUGGAGAUUGACAGAGACCUGAGUUCAUUUGGUAAGGGUGACAAUCGCAGACUGAUGAACCAAGACAACCAUCUUCAUCAGAGCGUUUCUGAGGAACUGGAAAAUGAGAUACUAAAAAGAGACAUCGUACCCUCCCAGCGUUGCAAGGAGGAAGUGAGGCCUAAGAACCAGGAGGAUCCAGAAACAGAAUGGAAUUCCCCAAAAAGAAGCUUGGACGACGUUGUUUCUGUUGGUAAAAGUGAUUCUGAUCCAGAAGAAGCUGGGACCGGCCAUAAAAUCCACCAGUGCCAUUGUGGAAAAUGUUUCCAGCGGAGCUCCAGUUUUCGGGUCCACGAAAGAAUUCACACCGGAGAGAAGCCGUACAUGUGUACAGAAUGCGGCAUCGCUUUUCGUAAAUCUGCCCAAUUAAAGGCCCACAGGAGAAUCCAUACCGGCGAGGUUCCCUUUCGGUGUUCCACCUGCCAGAAAACCUUUACCAGCAGCUCCAGCCUCAUCACCCACAAGAGGAUCCACACAGGAGAGAAGCCGUACCGAUGCACGUAUUGCGAGAAGAGCUUCCGGCAAAAGGGAACUCUCACCAUCCAUGAAAAAAUCCACAGGGACGAGAAGCCUUUCAAAUGCUUGACGUGCGGGAAGACUUUCCGUCAGAAGGGAACCCUUAGCAUACAUGAAAAAAUCCACCUGGGGGAGAAACCCUACAGGUGUUUCAGCUGUGGGAAGAAUUUCCGCACUGCUGCGGUCCUGAGAGUUCACGAAAGAAUCCACACCGGAGUGAAACCGUAUCAGUGCUCUGAAUGCGGAAAGACCUUUUGUAAUAAUCAGUCUCUUAGAAGUCAUGAAAGGAACCACACGGGAGAACGACCAUAUCAAUGCACGGAGUGUGGAAAGGCCUUUAGUUGUAGCAGCAAUCUUACUUCCCACAAGAGGAUCCACACAGGAGAGAAACCGUAUAAAUGCAUGGAGUGUGGGAAGACCUUUAUUCACAGCAGUUACCUUAAUUCCCACAAGAGGAUCCACACAGGAGAGAAGCCGUAUCGGUGUGUGGACUGUGGUGAGGGCUUUAGGUGGAACUGUGAUCUCACUUCCCAUAAAAGGAUCCACACAGGGGAGAAGCCAUAUCAGUGCACGGAGUGUGGCAAGAGCUUUAGUUUUAGCAGUAGUCUUAAUUCCCACAAGAGGACCCAUACAACGGAGAAGCGAUAUCCAUGUGUGGAAUGCGGAGAAGGCUUUAGGUGGAUUUGUGACCUCACUUCCCACAAAAGGAUCCACACAGGGGAGAAACCAUAUCAGUGCCUGGAGUGUGGAAAGAGUUUUGCAAGGAGCAAUGCCCUCACUUGCCAUAGAAGGAUCCACACGCGGGAGAAGCCAUAUCAGCAGCGGAAGUAUGGAAAGAGCUUCAGUAGAAAUAUGGGUAAUCCUCGGUUUAUGACCGCAAUUCAGCCCAAAAUUUCUGUGGCUAAGCAAGACGGUGAUUCCCACAAACCCUUACAAGUUUCUAGUGCUGGGGAAAUAUCUUCACUUUUAAAUCUGUUCCCGCUGUGUCCAGAUGCCAGUAACCAUCAAGAGAAAACUGACUAUUUAGCCCAGGGGGAUUGGCCACAAUGUGGGACACAGGAUGUUGUGUCUUUUGAGGAAGUGGCUGUGCAUUUCUCUAAGGAGGAGUGGUCUCAACUGGAUGCUGACCAAAAAGCGCUCCACGGAGAAGUCAUGCUAGAGAAUUCCAGGAAUCUGGCUUCUCUGGGCUUUAAGGGGCAAGAAAAUAAGAAUUGCAUGGAGAGAUACCAAGAGAUCCAUUCAAAAGGGGGGAAAGGAAAAUUUGCAGAUCAGAUGCAACGAAAGAGGAAUGAAACAAAGCGAUCACAGAGCGGAAUUGAAAAAGGUUGGCUUCCUAACCAUACAAUCAUCAAUACGGGAGAAAGGCCAUAUAAAUGCAUGGAGUAUGGAAAGAGGUUUAAUAAAUCCGAUCAUCCCAUUUCCCAUAAAAAAGUACAUAUAAGAGAGAAGCCAUAUCAAUGCAUGGAAUGUGGAAAGACCUUCUGUUAUAAUAACUCUCUUACAAUCCAUCAAAGGAGUCAUAAAGGAGAAAGACCUUAUAAAUGCAUGGAGUGUGGAAAGGCCUUUACUUCUAGUAGCAGUCUUAUUUCCCACAAGAGGAUCCACACAGGAGAGAAGCCAUAUCAAUGCAUGGAGUGUGGAAAGGGUUUUAGCAGGAAGAGUAAUCUUGCCUCCCAUAAUAGGAUCCACACAGGAGAGAAACCGUAUCGCUGUAUGGAGUGUGGAAAGACCUUCUGUUAUAAUCAGUCUCUCAUAAUCCAUCAAAGGAAUCACAAAGGAGAAAGACCUUAUAAAUGCAUGGAGUGCGGAAAAACCUUUACUUGUACCAGUAGUCUUAAUCAUCAUAAGCUGAUCCACACAGGAGAAAGGCCAUUUAUCUGCUUGGAAUGUGGAAAGACCUUUACUUGUAGCAGUAAUCUUAAUUCCCAUAAGAGGAUCCACACAGGAGAGAAACCAUAUCAAUGCAUGGAGUGUGAAAAGAGUUUUAUGAGGGGGAGUAGUCUUGCCUCUCAUAACACGAUCCACACAGGAGAGAAACCAUAUCGCUGCAUGGAAUGUGGAAAGACCUUCUGUUAUAAUCAAUCUCUCAUAAUCCAUCAAAGGAAUCACAAAGGAGAAAGACCUUAUAAAUGCAUGGAGUGUGGAAAGACCUUUACUGGUAGCAGUAAUUUUAAUUCCCACAACAGGAUCCACACAGGAGAAAGGCCAUAUAAAAGCACAGAGUGUGGAAAGAUGUUUAUCCAAUCUCUCAUUUCCCAUAAAAAAACACAUUCAGAAGAGAAACAAUUUAUCUGCACGGAAUGUGGAAAGACCUUUGCUCAUAGCAGUAGCCUUAAUUCCUACAAGAAGAUCCAUGCAGGAGAGAAACCGUAUCAAUGCAUGGAGUGUGGAAAGACCUGUUACUCUAAGUCUCUUAAAGUCCAUCAAAGGAAUCACACAGGAGAAAAAACUUAUAAAUGUAUGGCGUGUGGGAAGACCUUUAAUUGUAGCGGUAAUCUUAAUUCCCACAAGAGGAUCCACACAGGAGAGAAGCCAUAUCAAUGGAUGGUGUGUGGAAAGACCUUUAUUUGUAGCAGUAAUCUUAAUUCCCACAAGAGGAUCCAUACGGGAGAAAAACCGUAUAAAUGUAUGGAGUGUGGAAAAAGCUUUAAUAAAUCCGAUCAUCUCAUUUCCCAUAAAAAGACACAUUCAGAAGGGAAACAAUUUACCGGCAAGGAGUAUGGAAAGACCUCUUAUAAUUACUCUCUUAUAAUCCAUGAAAGGAAUCGGAAAGGAGGACCUUAUAAAUGCUUGGAGUGUGGAAAGACCUUUACUCGUAGCAGUAAUCUUAAUUCCCACAAGAGGAUCCACACAGGAGAUAAACAGUAUCAGUGCACGGAAUGUGGAAAGACGUUCUGUUAUUCGAAGUCUCUCAUAACCCAUCAGAGGAAUCACAAAGGAGAAAGACCUUAUAAAUGCAUGGAGUGUGGAAAGACCUUUACUCGUAGCAGUAAUCUUAAUUCCCACAAGAGGAUCCACACAGGAGAGAAACCUUAUCAAUGCAUGGAGUGUGGGAAGGGUUUUAGGAGGAGGAGUAAUCUUGUCUCCCACAAUAGGAUCCACACAGGAGAGAAGCCGUAUGGAUGCAUGGAGUGUGGGAAGACCUUCUGUUAUUCUAAGUCUCUUAUAAUCCAUCAAAGGAAUCACAAAGGAGAGAGACCUUAUAAAUGCAUGGAGUGUGGAAAGACCUUUACUUGUAGCAGUAGUCUUAAUUCUCACAAGUUGAUCCACACAGGAGAGAAGCCGUACCGAUGCAUGGAGUGUGGGAAGGCCUUUCGUUAUUCUAAGUCUCUUAUAUUCCAUCAAAGGAAUCACAAUGGAGAAAGACCUUAUAAGUGCAUGGAGUGUGGAAAGACCUUUACUUCUAAUAGUGGUCUUAAUUCUCACAAGAGGAUCCACACAGGAGAGAAGCCAUAUCAAUGCUUGGUGUGUGGAAAGGGUUUUAGGAAGAGGAGUAAUCUUGCCUCCCAUAGUAGGAUCCACACCGAACAGAAACUGUAUGCAUGCAUGGAAUGUGGAAAGACCUUCUGUUAUAACAGCUCUCUUAUAAUCCAUCAAAGGAGUCAUAAAAGAGAAAGACCUUAUAAAUGCACGGAGUGUGGAAAGACCUUUACUCAUAGCAGUAAGCUUAAUUCUCACCAGAGAAUUCACACAGGAGAGAAGCCAUAUAAAUGCAUGGAAUGUGGAAAGACCUUCAUUCAUAGCAGUUACCUUAAUUCCCACAAGAGGAUCCACACAGGAGAGAAGCCAUAUCAAUGUGCGGACUGUGGAGAGGGCUUUAGGUGGAAUUGUGAUCUUACUUCCCAUAAAAGGAUCCAUACAGGGGAGAAGCCAUAUAAAUGCAUGGAAUGUGGAAAGACCUUCAUUCAUAGCAGUUACCUUAAUUCCCACAAGAGGAUCCACACAGGAGAGAAGCCAUAUCAAUGUGCGGACUGUGGAGAGGGCUUUAGGUGGAAUUGUGAUCUUACUUCCCAUAAAAGGAUCCAUACAGGGGAGAAACUGUAUCAAUGCAUGGAGUGUGAAAAGACCUUCUGUAAUUAUAAGUCUCUAAUAAUCCAUCAAAGGAAUCACAAAGGAGAAAGACCUUAUAAAUGCAUGGUGUGUGGAAAGACCUUUACUUGUAGCAGUAGUCUUAAUUCUCACAAGAGGAUCCACACAGGAGAGAAGCCAUAUCAAUGCAUGGAGUGUGGAAAGACCUUUAGUUUUAGCAGUCAUCUUAAUUGUCACAAGAGGAGUCACACAGGAGAGAAACCAUAUCAAUGUGUGGAGUGUGGAGAGAGCUUUAGGUGGAAUUCUAGUCUUACCUCCCAUAAAAGGAUCCACACAGGAGAAAAUCCAUAUCAGUGUAGUGAGUGUGGGAAGAAUUUUAGUGGGAGUCAAAGUCUGACCGUCCAUAAAAGGAUCCACACAGGUGAGAAACCAUAUAAAUGCAUGGAGUGCGGAAAGAGCUUUACUCAUAGCAGUCAUCUUAAUUCCCAUAACAGGAUCCACACAGGAGAGAAGCCAUAUAAAUGUGUGGAAUGUGGACAGAGCUUUAGGUGGAUUUCUGCUCUCGCCAGCCAUAAAAGGACCCACACAGGGGAGAAACCAUAUCAAUGCAUGGAGUGUGGAAAGACCUUCUGUUAUAAUCAGUCUCUUAUAAGACAUCAAAGCAAUCAUACAGGAGAAAAAUCAUACAAAUGCUCGGAGUGUGGUAAGAGCUUUAAUAAAUCUGAUCAUCUCAUUUCCCACAAAAAGACACAUUCAGCACAGAAACAAUUUACUUGCAGGGAGUGCGGAAAGACCUUCUGUAAUAAUCAGUCUCUUAGACGUCAUGAAAGGAGUCACACGGGAGAACGACCUUAUCAAUGCAUGGAGUGUGGAAAGACCUUUACUCAUAGCAGUAGCCUCAAUUCCCAUAAGAGGAUCCACACUGGAGAGAAGCCAUAUCAAUGCAUGGAGUGUGGAAAGACCUUCUGUUAUUCUCAGUCUCUUAUAAUCCAUCAGAGGAAUCACAAAGGAGAAAGACCUUAUAAAUGCACGGAGUGUGUAAAGACUUUUACUUGUAGCAGUAGCCUUAAUUCCCACAAGAGGAUCCACACAGGAGAGAAGCCUUAUCAAUGCAUGGAGUGUGGAAAGGGUUUUCGCAGGAGUCAUCAUCUCGCCUCCCAUAAUAGGGUCCACACGGGAGAGAAGCCUUAUCGAUGCAUGGAGUGUGGAAAGGGUUUUUGCAGGAGUCAUCAUCUCGCCUCCCAUAAUAGGGUCCACACGGGAGAGAAGCCUUAUCGAUGCAUGGAGUGUGGAAAGGGUUUUAGCAGGAGGUGUCAUCUCGCCUCCCAUAAUAGGGUCCACACGGGAGAGAAGCCGUAUUGCUGCAUGGCGUGUGGAAAGGCCUUCUCUAAUAAUUACUCUCUUAUAAUCCAUCAAAGGAAUCACAAAGGAGAAAGGCCUUAUAAAUGCAUGGAGUGUGGAAAGAACUUUACUUGUAGGAGUAAUCUUAACACCCACAAGAGGAUCCACACAGGAGAGAAGCCAUAUAAAUGCAUGGAAUGUGGAAAGACCUUCUGUUAUAAUCGCUCUCUUAUAAUCCAUCAAAGGAGUCACAAAGGAGAAAGACCUUAUAAAUGCAUGGAGUGUGGAAAGACCUUUACUUGUAGCAGUAGUCUUAAUACCCACAAGUUGAUCCACGGAGAAAAGAAGCCAUAUCAGUGCAUGGAGUGUGGAAAGACCUUCUGUUAUUCUAAGUCUCUUAUAAUCCAUCAAAGGAAUCACAAAGGAGAAAGACCUUAUAAAUGCAUGGAGUGUGGAAAGACCUUUACUUGUAGCAGUCGUCUUAAUUUCCACAAGAAGAUCCACACAGGAGAGAAUCAAUGCAUGGAGUGUAGAAAGACCUUUACUUCUAGAAGUAGUCUUAAUUCCCACAAGAGGAUCCACACAGGAGAGAACCCAUAUCAAUGUAUGGUGUGUUCAAAGGGUUUUAGGAAGAGUAGUAGUCUUGCCUCUCAUAAUAGGAUCCACACAGGAGAGAAACCGUAUCAAUGCAUGGAGUGCGGAAAGACCUUUACUUGUAGCAGUAGUCUCAUUUCCCACCAGCCGAUUCACACAGGAGAGAAACCAUAUCAAUGCACAGAGUGUGGAAAGACCUUCUGUUAUUCUCAGUCUCUUAUAAUCCAUCAAAGGAACCACAAAGGAGAAAGACCUUACAAAUGCACAGAGUGCGGAAAGAGCUUUACUUGUAGCAGUAGUCUUAAUUCCCACAAGAGGAUCCACACAGGAGAGAAACCGUAUCAAUGCAUGGAAUGUGGAAAGGGUUUUAGGAACAGUAGCAAUCUUGCCUCCCACAAUAGGGUUCACACAGGAGAGAAGCCGCAUCAAUGCACGGAGUGUGGAAAGACAUUUGUUUCUAGCAGCAAUCUUAAUUCCCACAAGAGGAGCCACACAGAGAAGCUAUACCAGUGUAGCGAGUGUGGGAAGAGUUUUACUAGGAGUCAAAGUCUGGCUGUCCAUAAAAAGAUUCACACUGGAGAGAAACCGUAUCAGUGUAUAGAGUGUGGAAAGAACUUUACUAAUAGCAGUUGUCUUAAUUCCCAUAAGAGGAGCCACACGGAAGGGAAACCAUAUCAAUGCAUGGAAUGUGGAAAGACCUUUACUUGUAGCACUAGCCUCAAUUCCCAUAAGAGGAUCCACACUGGAGAGAAGCCAUAUCAAUGCAUGGAGUGUGGAAAGAGCUUUACUUGUAACAGUCAUCUUAAUUCCCACAAGAGGAUCCACACAGGGGAGAAGCCAUAUCAAUGUAUGGAGUGUGGAAAGAGCUUUAGUAAGAAUAAUAAUCUUGCCUGCCACAUAAGGAUCCACUCAGGCGACAAACCAUAUCAGUGUAAUGAGUGUGGGAAGAGCUUUUGUGAGAGCAAAAGUCUGGCUAGCCAUAAAAAGAUCCACACAAGGGAGAAACCGUAUCAGUGCAUGGAGUGUGAGAAGAUGUUUACUCGUAGCAGUAAUCUUAAUUCCCACAAGAAGAUCCACAAAGGAGAGAAGCCCUAUCAAUGCACAGAGUGUGGAAAGAGCUUUACGUGGAAUUCUUCUCUUACCUGCCACAAAAGAAUCCAUACAGGGGAGAAACCAUAUCAGUGCAUGGAGUGUGAAAAGACGUUUACUCGUAGCAGUCAUCUUAAUUCCCACAAGAGGAUCCACACAGGGAAGAAGCCACAUCCAUGUAUGGAGUGUGGAAAGAGCUUUAGUAAGAGUAAAAACCUUGCCUGCCACAUAAGGAUCCACCCAGGCGAAAAGCCAUAUCAGUGUAAUGAGUGUGGAAAGAGCUUUACUUGUAGCAGUCAUCUUAAUUCCCACAAGAGGAUCCACACAGGGGAGAAGCCACAUCAAUGUAUGGAGUGUGGAAAGAGCUUUAGUAAGAAUAAUGAUCUUGCCUGCCACAUAAGGAUCCACUCAGGUGACAAACCAUAUCAGUGUAAUGAGUGUGGGAAGAGCUUUUGUGAGAGCAAAAGUCUGGCUAGCCAUAAAAAGAUCCACACAAGGGAGAAACCAUAUCAGUGCAUGGAGUGUGAGAAGAUGUUUACUCGUAGCAGUAAUCUUAAUUCCCACAAGAAGAUCCACAAAGGAGAGAAGCCCUAUCAAUGCACGGAGUGUGGAAAGAGCUUUGCGUGGAAUUCUUCUCUUACCUCCCACAAAAGAAUCCAUACAGGGGAGAAACCAUAUCAGUGCAUGGAGUGUGAAAAGACGUUUACUCGUAGCAGUAAUCUUAAUUCCCACAAGAGGAUCCACACAGGGGAGAAACCAUUUCAAUGCAUGGAGUGUGGAAAGAGCUACAGUAGGAGUUAUCAUCUUGCCUCCCAUAUAAGGAGCCACAGAGGCGAAAAACCAUAUCAGCGCAGUGAAUGUGGAAAGAGCUUUAGUGAGAGUAACACUCUGGCUGUGCAUAAAAGGAUCCACACGGGGAAACCAUAUCAAUGCAUGGAGUGUGGGAAGAGUUUUAGAUUGAGUACCGUUCUAACUAUCCACAAAAGGACCCACUCGGGUGAAAAGCCAUAUCAAUGGAAUGAGUGUGGGAAGAGUUUUAGUACAAAUAAAACUCUAACUGUCCAUAAAAGGAUCCACAUAGGCGAGAAGCCAUAUCGAUGCAAGGAGUGUGGAAAAACCUUUACAUAUAAGAGUCAACUUAAUUAUCACAAGUGGGUACACAAAGGAGAGAAGCCUUAUCCAUGCAUGGAGUGUGGAAAGAGCUUUACUUGUAGCGGUAGUCUUCAUUCCCACAAAGUUGCCCAUGCCUGUCAAGAACCUUAUAAAUGCAUGGAGCGUGGAAAGAGCUUUAAUAAAUCUGAUAAUCUUAUUUCCCAUAAAAAGACACAUUCAGCAGAGAAACGAUAUGCCUGCAGGGAAUGUGGAAAGACCUUCCGUGAUAAUCACUCUCUAAGAACUCAUGAAAGGAAUCACACGGGAGAACGGCCUUACAAAUGCAUGGAGUGUGGAAAGACCUUUAGUUAUGGCAGUAAUCUUACUUCCCACAAGAGGAUCCACACAGGAGAGAAGCCAUAUCAGUGCAUGGAGUGUGGAAAGACCUUUACUCGUAAUAGUCGUCUUAAUUCCCACAAGAUGAUCCAUACAGGAGAGAAGCCGUACAAAUGUGUGGAAUGUGGAGAGAGCUUUAGGUGGAAUUCUAAUCUUGCCUCCCAUAAAAGGAUCCACGUAGGGGAGAAGCCCUAUCAAUGCAUGGAGUGUGGAAAGGGCUUUAGUCAGAAUUGGAGUCUCAUUUCUCACAGAAGGAUCCAUACAGGCGAGAAGCCAUAUCAGUGCAUGGAGUGUGGAAAGACCUUUACUUGUAGCAGUACUCUUAAUUCCCACAAGAGAAUCCACACAGGAGAGAAGCCGUAUCAAUGCAUGGAAUGUGGAAAAACCUUUCUAAGUAGCAGUAAUCUUAAUUCCCACAAGAGGUUCCACACAGGAGAGAAGCCAUAUCAAUGCAUGGAGUGUGGAAAGACCUUUCAUUGUAGCAGUAAUCUUAAUUCCCACAAGAGCAUCCACACAGGAGAGAAGCCAUAUCAAUGUGUGGAGUGUGGAAAGAGCUUUAGGAAGAAUUCUGAUCUCAUUUCCCAUAAAAGGAUCCAUACGGGAGAGAAGCCAUAUCAAUGUGUGGAAUGUGGAAAGGGUUUUAGGUGGAAUUCUGAUCUCAGUUCCCAUAAAAGGAUCCACACAGGAGAGAAGCCAUAUCAAUGUGUAGAAUGUGGAAAGGGCUUUAGGUGGAAUUGUGACCUCACCUCUCAUAAAAAGACCCACACAGGGGAGAAGCCAUAUAAAUGCAUGGAGUGUGGAAAGGCCUUUACUUGUAGCAGUAAUCUUAAUUCCCACAAGAGCAUCCACACAGGAGAGAAGCCAUAUCAAUGUGUGGAAUGCGGAAAGGGCUUUAAGAAGAAUUGUGAUCUUUCUUCCCAUAAAAGGACCCAUAUGGGGAAAAAACCGUAUGAAUGCAUGGCGUGUGGAAAGAGCUUUGCGAGAAAUUACGCUCUUACUUGCCAUAGAAAGAUCCACCUAUAGGCGGAGCCAUAUCAAUACAGGAAAUGUGGGAAGAGCUUCAGUAGAAAU